AUGUAUACCGCCGAUUACGUAGAGUGUUCGCGCGAUGCCGUGAUACUCAAGUCGAGGACGUUCCGUGUUACAGAUUUACCCAGAUUCGGCAACCCAGGUUUGAACAAUCUCACUGUCUCGGUGGGUCGCGAAGCCAUUUUCACCUGCAUUGUCGAGGAUCUCGGACCAUACAAGGUAGCGUGGCUACGAGUCGAUACGCAGACGAUUCUGACGAUAGCGAGUCAUGUUAUUACGAAGAAUCAUCGGAUCGCUGUGACACAUAGUGGCCAUCGAACAUGGUCCCUGCACAUAAGAGACACACGCCAAAGUGACAGCGGCUGGUACAUGUGCCAGGUUAAUACUGAUCCGAUGUCCAGCAUCACUGGAUUUCUCGCAGUCGUUGUACCGCCGGAUAUCCUGGACUAUCCCACCAGCACGGACAUGGUGGUGCGAGAGGGUAGCAACGUGACGCUACGGUGCGCGGCGACAGGAACACCAGAGCCAACAGUCACGUGGCGUCGCGAGGCAGGCGGCACGAUCAGCGUGUCAAACAUUUUCGAAGCUGCGACUAUCCAGGGCCCGGAACUGGAAAUAACACGCAUCACGCGUCUCCAUAUGGGACCAUAUCUCUGCAUAGCAUCCAACGGGGUGCCACCAACAGUCAGCAAGCGGAUCCUUCUCACUGUUCACUUUCCGCCUAUGGUUUGGAUCGAAAAUCAGCUAGUGGGUGCUUACGAAGGACAAAAUCUCAUAUUAGAAUGUCGCAGUGAAGCGCAUCCUAGUCCUAUCACCUAUUGGACGAGGCCAUCGAAUGAGACUAUUACUAACGAUGAAAACUAUAAGGUUGAAACAAUCUCUAAAGGAUUAUAUGAAAUAAUGAUGAGGCUUGUCAUAAAAUCUGUACGAGCACAGGAUUUCGGAUCUUUUCGGUGCGUGGCAACAAAUUCUCUCGGGCAAACUGAUGGAAAAAUAAAACUCUACAAGAUCGAUAAGCCACCAACAACGCGCAAACCAGGCAUGAGACGAGACUCGAAGAAGACAUGGAAGAUCGAUCACAACCAUGAAAAGAAGGCUGCCGGUAUGAAGGACGAGCCUAUGCUAAAAGGUGAUGAUAUCGACGACGAGCAGAUCGAUUUUCAGUCUGCGACGGCCUCAUCAGUGUUUCAUCGUCAUUUAUUUACGAAUUUCGGGAUAACCACCAUAACCGCAAUACUGGCGGGCGGCUUAUCCACGUAGACACUACUAUUGUGCAUCAGGAAACUAUACUACGAGAGAGAGAGAGAGAGAGAGAGAGAGAGAGAGAGAAGAGAGAGAGAGAGAGAAGGAGAGUAAUAUAAUGUAGAAAGUGUUUCAUAGACACGAGACUAGACAUCGCAUGUGACAAAUGUCGCAACGAAGAAAUAACGAUAAGCAUAAUAUUGCGAAGGGUUGUCGCUCUCCGUAAAAAGUCUCUUCCUGUUGUACAUGAAAUUUACAUAAAGUGAAUGUAAAGUGAAGAGCUGUUUUUACAUAGAGGUGUGGAGUUCGAAGUAUCUGGCUGAUCAGAUCAGAGUGACCAGAGUACUUCGUGAGAAGAGUAAUUAACACAUUGCAAGCCGAACAUGUACUAAUAGACUUUCCUCUCUAUCUAAAGACGUAGAAAGCCACCAAUCUAUUAACCCCUUUGCGAUAAAGGUGCCAGCGUAGAACUGGCUUUUACCGUUCCCAUUCAAAGCGGUAACUUUGUUGACCCCACCAUCACUUAACGCUAAAGAAAGUCUGUAGAUCCAGGAAGAAGGAAAUAUAUAUUAUUUGCGUUUGCAUUUUCUAAUAAGUUGUCAAAAUAAAUGUCGAUGAUAGCAUAAAAAUUAUCUUAGAAGCCAUUUUAAGAAAUUAUUUUA